CCUCCCCUCCUCCCUCCCCCCACCAUCCACCAACCAGUGCUGGUGCAUAUCAAGCCCAGCUUCCCUCGACUCCGAAUUACCAGUUGAAAUUCCGUUGGGACACACAUAACCAAUCAUAAAACAUGGCGGACGGCAGCAUCACGCCUCCCAAGCCUUCCGUGGUGCUUGAGGCCCACGAUGUUGAUACUUUCCACGUUCCCCAAGCUUUCCACGAGAAGCACCCCUCCGGUCCCCACUUGAAAGAUCUCGACGAAUACAAGAAGCUCUACGAAGAGUCGAUUCGCAGCCCCAACACUUUCUGGGCUCGCAUGGCCCGCGAGCUCCUCACCUUCGAGAGAGAUUUCCAGACCGUGCACACCGGUUCCCUAGAGAACGGUGACAGUGCCUGGUUCGUCGAGGGUCGCCUCAAUGCUUCCUUCAACUGCGUCGAUCGCCAUGCCAUCAAGAACCCCAACAAGGUCGCCAUUAUUUACGAGGCCGAUGAGCCCAGUGAGGGCCGUACCAUCACUUAUGGCGAAUUGUUGCGUGAAGUCUCCCGAGUUGCUUGGGUCCUGAAGCAGCAGGGCGUCAAGAAGGGUGACACUGUUGCCAUUUACCUUCCCAUGAUUCCCGAGGCUCUCAUUGCUUUCCUCGCCUGUGCCCGUAUCGGUGCCGUUCACUCCGUUGUCUUCGCCGGCUUCUCCUCCGACUCUCUGCGGGACCGUGUUCUUGACGCCAGUUCCAAGGUUGUCAUCACGACUGAUGAGGGUAAGCGUGGCGGCAAGGUCAUUGGUACCAAGCGCAUCGUCGAUGAGGCCCUGAAGCAGUGCCCCGAUGUGACGGGCGUUCUCGUCUACAAGCGCACCGGUGCAGAGGUUCCCUGGACCAAGGGUCGGGACGUCUGGUGGCACGAGGAGGUCGAGAAGUACCCCAACUACUUUGCUCCCGAGUCCAUGAGCUCCGAGGACCCUCUUUUCCUGCUCUACACCUCCGGCUCCACUGGCAAGCCCAAGGGUGUCAUGCACACGACUGCUGGCUACCUGCUUGGAGCGGCCAUGACGGGCAAGUACGUCUUUGACAUUCAUGAUGACGAUCGUUACUUCUGCGGUGGUGAUGUCGGUUGGAUCACCGGCCACACCUAUGUUGUAUACGCUCCUCUCCUGCUGGGUUGCUCGACUGUGGUCUUCGAGAGCACCCCCGCCUACCCGAACUUCUCCCGCUACUGGGAUGUCAUUGAGAAGCACAAGGUCACGCAAUUCUACGUGGCCCCCACGGCCCUGCGCCUGUUGAAGCGCGCUGGCGACGAGCACAUUCACCACAAGAUGGCUCAUCUGCGCAUUUUGGGAUCUGUUGGUGAGCCCAUCGCCGCCGAAGUCUGGAAAUGGUACUUCGAGGUUGUCGGCAAGGAGGAAGCCCAUAUCUGUGAUACGUACUGGCAAACCGAAACCGGCUCGAACGUGAUCACACCUUUAGGUGGCAUUACGCCGACCAAGCCGGGUAGCGCAUCACUCCCCUUCUUCGGCAUCGAGCCCGCUAUCAUCGACCCUGUUUCCGGAGAGGAGAUCUCGGGCAACGAUGUAGAGGGAGUGCUUGCCUUCAAGCAGCCCUGGCCCAGCAUGGCCCGGACCGUGUGGGGUGCUCACAAGCGCUACAUGGAUACCUACUUGAAUGUCUACAAGGGCUACUACUUCACCGGAGAUGGUGCUGGCCGUGACCACGACGGAUACUAUUGGAUCCGGGGUCGUGUGGAUGAUGUUGUCAAUGUUUCUGGGCACCGUCUGUCUACUGCUGAGAUCGAGGCUGCUUUGCUCGAGCACCACAUGGUGGCUGAAGCUGCCGUUGUCGGCAUUGCCGACGAGCUGACCGGUCAGGCCGUCAAUGCCUUCGUGGCUCUCAAGGAGGGUAACGAGACCACCGACCAGGUUCGCAAGGACUUGAUCAUGCAAGUUCGCCGCUCUAUUGGACCGUUCGCUGCCCCUAAGGCCGUCUACGUGGUUGAAGAUCUUCCCAAGACUCGCAGUGGCAAGAUCAUGCGUCGCAUUCUGCGCAAGAUCCUAAGCGGCGAGGAGGACAGCCUUGGUGACACCUCCACCCUCUCCGACCCCUCCGUGGUUGAUAAGAUUAUUGCCACGGUGCACGCUUCCCGCGGCAAAUAGGUGUUUUGUCUUCAGUCAACGAUAUUAAUGAAAGCGAGAGUUGGGAGGACAUGUGACACUGCCAUCAGCACAGAUGUGGUCUGCAUCCGUGCUCCUGAGCUUAAUAAUGUCUGAAGGUGGAGUUUGAUUCUUUAUUUCUUGUUAUCUUGUGAUUCCCAUCAUGAUCAGAACUGCAGCAUUCUGAUGAGCUGUCAAUCUUCUCUACGUAUAUACCAAUGAUGAAAGAACUUUUUCUCGGG